CCUCUUCUACCCUCUUGCUCAUCUACAUCUACUUCAUCAAUAUCAUCCUCUUGCAUCUUGCAAUCGACUUGCUCCACCAGCCCCAACACUAUGGCGAGCGCGUGGAACGCCUGGCCCACGCCGCCCCUAUCCCGCAGUCCGAGCAAGUACUGUCCUAUGGCACCUCUCGCGACCUCUCCAGUCGACCGAUCAGGCGUCCUCUCCGCGCGUUUCGCCACCACUCCUCCUCCGGAUCGUGACCUCCCCAUCCUCCCCCCAGAGAUCCUGCGGCGCAUCGUACGCGCUGCGCUGGCCCUCGCCCCGAGCAUCCCCGAUCCUAUCCCACUCGAGUUCCCACCGCGCUCCGCGCUGCCGUCGACCGUGCCUUCCGCCCUCCCAAGCCCAGGGUUGCCCUCCAUCUCGUCCCCCUCCUCAUUCCCUUUCCACCCUUCACACCCACAGUACACGAACGUCAUCAAUGCUAUCGAUGACAACGACCGCCAGCUUCCCGUUGAAUGGGACGCGUUCGCCGGGCGCGCCGCACGCCGCCAGCUUGAACGGCGCGUCGCCCUCCGCGCGGACGUCGCGCGUACUGCCCGCUCCAUGAUUGGCGUGUGCCGCGCCUGGAAGGCUCUCGUCACGAAGUACUUAUACACCGAGCCAGUUGUCACAGCCGAUAACAUAGCAGCACUCGCCCGCGCCGUCGUAAACGGCGAUCGCAAGUGGAGCGACAUCAACCUCCACCCGCACUCAUAUCCUGGACGAUGGUUGACCGUGCUCGACCUCUCAAACUUGGGCGGCGGAUCGUAUCUUGGCGCGGAUCCACUCACUAUCAGUGGCGCCCUUGGCGCACUGCUCGAUCUCACUCCGGCACUCACCCACCUCCGCCUCCCACCGGCAGGGUGUGGGGUGCGCCUCACGGAUCUCCGCCACGCCGCGUGUAUCCGACGCCUCCGAGCACUUGAGGGCGUACACCUUGCAGGCCGAAAGGCGGAGGACGAUGCUAUUAGUUUGCUCCGAGUGACGCGCUCUCUCGAGCUCCUCGGACUGGUGUGGGUUGCGUCGGCGCUCGAGCCGGACGAAGAGCUCGAGCUGGAGGACCUUCCGGGCCCUCCAAGCCUUGCAGCUCUCCACACCCUAACCAUUGUGGCUGGCGAAGCUGGUCCUCUUCUCGCUGCCCUCACCCGUGCCGAGCUUCCACGUCUCACACGUCUUGUCAUGUCCCCUUACGACGAGGGGCUGAAGAUGUGGGAGGACGAUGCGCUGCGUGGCGGCCCGCGUGCUCUGCAGCUGGCGCACGGACGCAAGAUCCGCUCCCUCACCUAUGUCGCGACGCCCGGCUGGCCACACCGCGACACCCUUCCAACAGACGACACGCUUACGCUCCACCCCUCUCUUGCCCAUGUCCACUUGGCGCUCCCACAUGCAGUGCUGCACGAUGCGCCCGACCUGGCGCGCACCUUCGCCGACCCGUUCCACCCUCUCACCGUGGUGACCCUGCCGCGCUGGCCACGGGUUUCGCGCCCUGACGCGAGCACCAGUCCGUCUGCGCAUCAUGCCGUCCCAGGCGGCCAAGGUGACUGGCCGCCCGGCAAUCCGUUCCUCGCGACCUUGUUGUCACGACGCAGCCGCAUCCGCACCGUCCGGAUCGAUGGUUUCACCUGGGUCUCGCCGAGUCUGGGACGAUGGGCCGCCGAGAGCGGCGACAGCGGAAUGAUGCGUCGCUGGGCAGUUGCUAUGGCGCGCAAGGGCGUCGAGCUGCGCGACAUGGACGGCGGUGUGCCGCCCGUUAUUGAGCGGGGCCGCCAGCGGUCGUUUGAAGGCGCCGGGAUCAGCGCGAUUCGGCGGAGCAUUGACCAGGGCCGCCGGCCGAGCUUUGCGCGGCGCGGCUCAGACAGCGACGGAGGGUAGGCGCUUGCACACUAUUCAUCAACUUUGUCACCUUGUCAUACUAGUACAACAUUAUUAUAUACGCUUUGACGCCCACUACUCAUGCAUUAUCGGACAUGGAUUCG